AUGGCCCAAGCAGGUGCAAUUUCAGACGUGACGCAGAGGUUGUUCGUGGAGCUCAAAUCGAAGAAUGAGGAGGCUAGGGCCAGAGCUGCUUAUGAGCUCUAUGAUAACGUUCUCUCAGUGUCCAGAGAAUGGCCCGCCGAGAAGUUCGUCGAAUUUUAUAACGCCGUGAGCCAACGUAUCGCCCAACUCGUGGUCAACGGCAGCGAUGCAAACGAGAGAAUAGGCGGCUUGUUAGCACUAGAUCAUCUCAUUGAUUUUGACGGUGUUGAUGCCGCCCAGAAAACCACGAGGUUCGCCAGUUACUUACGCAGCGCCCUUCGCAGCAAUGACAACGUGGUCUUGGUGUAUGCAGCCCGAUCGCUGGGGCGCCUUGCGAAGCCCGGCGGGGCUCUCACCGCGGAAUUGGUGGAGAGCGAAAUACAAUCCGCGUUGGAAUGGCUACAAUCAGAGCGACAGGAGAGCCGGCGGUUCGCUGCCGUGCUGGUGAUCCGAGAACUUGCCAAGGGCUCGCCAACCCUCCUCUACGGAUUUGUUCCCCAGGUCUUCGAGCUUGUAUGGGUUGCCCUUCGGGACCCCAAAGUACUCAUCCGAGAGACUGCUGCCGAGGCCGUGGGUGAAUGCUUUGAAAUCAUUGUGGCUCGUGAUUCUCAAGUCCGCCAGUCGUGGUUUGCCCGGAUACAUGAUGAGGCGCUACUAGGCUUGAAGUCCCAUAAUAUCGAUUCGAUCCAUGGCUCCCUUCUGAUCAUCAAGGAGCUGAUCUUGAAGGGCACGAUGUUCAUGAAAGAACAUUAUCGGAAUGCUUGUGAAAUCAUUCUCCGUCUCAAGGACCAUCGUGAUCCAAAGAUUCGCACUGAAGUCGUCCUCACUAUUCCUAUUCUCGCCUCCUACGCUCCAACCGACUUCAUUGAGAUUUAUCUCCACCGCUUCAUGAUUUACCUCCAAGCGCAACUCAAGAGGGACAAAGAGAGGAACUCGGCGUUCAUUGCCAUCGGUAAGAUCGCGAACGCGGUGGGCCCCGCUAUCGGUCAAUAUCUUGAUGGCAUCAUAAUCUACAUUCGAGAAGGACUCGCAAUGAAAGCGAGGAACCGACCUGGAGUCAUUGAAGCGCCAAUGUUCGAAUGUAUCAGCAUGCUAUCCCUCGCGGUGGGACAGGCGCUCAGCAAGUACAUGGAGGCUCUUCUGGAUCCCAUUUUUGCCUGCGGAUUGAGCAAGUCAUUAACACAAGCUUUGGUCGACAUGGCCCAUUAUAUUCCUCCUAUCAAGCCUAUGAUUCAGGAAAAGCUUCUCGAUAUGCUGAGUAUCAUCCUUUGUGGCACGCCGUUCCGGCCCCUGGGUUGUCCUGAAAACAGACUACCUCCUAUGCCGUCAUUUGCGAAAGACUUUGCACCUCAUGAACUUCAUACCGAUUCCGAUAUCGCGUUAGCACUUCACACGUUAGGCAGCUUUGACUUCUCUGGACACAUAUUGAAUGAAUUUGUGCGAGAUGUCGCUAUCAAUUACGUGGAAAACGACAACCCUGAAAUUCGGAAGGCAUCCGCUCUUACAUGCUGUCAGCUGUUCGUGCACGAUCCGAUCAUCAACCAGACCAGUGGGCAUUCCAUCCAAGUUGUCAGCGAGGUUAUCGAUAAGCUUUUGACUGUGGGCAUUGGGGACCCUGACCCUGAAAUCCGACGCACCGUUUUGUGGUCACUGGACCGCAAAUUCGACCGUCACUUGGCACGGCCGGAGAACAUCCGAUGCUUGUUCUUAGCAGUCAACGAUGAGGUCUUCGAUGUCAAAGAAGCCGCUAUCUGCAUUAUCGGUCGACUCUCAAGCGUCAAUCCUGCUUAUGUCUUCCCGCCGCUACGAAAAUUGCUGGUUAAUCUUCUCACUGGUCUUGGCUUCGCAAAUACUGCUCGUCAAAAGGAGGAAACAGCUCAACUCAUCAGCCUGUUUGUCUCUAAUGCAACAAAGUUGAUCAGGUCAUACGUGGAUCCCAUGGUGACUGCCUUGUUGCCCAAAACAACGGACAUCAACCCCGGUGUUGCCGCCACUACUCUGAAAGCCGUCGGCGAGCUUGCCAACGUCGGGGGCCAUGAGAUGAGACAAUAUUUACCGCAGAUCAUGCCAAUUAUCUUGGACUCACUUCAGGAUCUAUCUUCUCAUUCCAAACGUGAAGCUGCGCUUCGGACACUAGGGCAGCUCGCCAGUAAUUCCGGCUAUGUUAUCGAACCUUACAUGGAAUACCCUCAUCUUCUCGCCGUCCUCAUCAACAUCAUCAAGACGGAACAGACAGGCUCGCUACGAAAGGAGACCAUCAAACUUCUGGGAGUUCUUGGUGCCCUCGAUCCCUACAAAUACCAACAGAUCAGCGAGAUUGAACCAGAUGUACAUCAUAUCAAUGAGAUACAAAAUGUGUCUGAUGUCGCCCUCAUCAUGCAGGGUCUCACACCGUCCAACGAGGAGUACUACCCUACGGUGGUCAUUCAUACAUUGAUGCAGAACAUCCUGCGAGAAAACUCCCUUGCACAAUAUCACUCAGCCGUCAUUGAUGCGAUUGUCACCAUAUUCAAGACUUUGGGGUUGAAGUGUGUGCCAUUCCUUGGGCAAAUCAUUCCAGGCUUCAUUAUGGUCAUUAGAAGUUCUCCUGCUAGCCGCCUUGAGACUUAUUUCAACCAGAUGGCAAUCCUUGUGAACAUCGUGCGACAGCACAUUCGCACAUUCUUGCCAGAGAUUAUUGAGGUCAUCAGAGACUUUUGGGAUAGUUCAUAUCAAAUACAGGGCACAAUUCUAUCGCUAGUCGAAGCUAUUGCCCGGUCAUUGGAAGGAGAGUUCAGGAAGUAUCUUGCCGGCCUGAUCCCUUUGAUGCUUGAUACACUCGAUAAGGACACGUCGCCUCGGCGUCAACCGUCUGAGAAGAUCCUUCACGCCCUCUUGAUCUUCGGCACAAGUGGGGAGGAAUACAUGCAUCUCAUCAUUCCUUCCAUUGUUCGUCUGUUUGAUCGACCGCAAAAUCCUCAAAGCAUCCGCAAGUCUGCUAUUGAUAGUUUGACGAAGCUGUCGAGGCAAGUCAAUGUUUCUGACUUUGCAUCUUUAAUGAUUCAUUCAUUGUCACGAGUUGUGGCCAGCGGCGAUCGAGUGUUGCGUCAAGCUGCACUAGACUGCAUCUGUGCUCUGAUCUUCCAGCUCGGCCAGGAUUUCACGCAUUACAUUCACCUCCUGAACAAAGUUCUGAAAGCCCACCAGAUUACGCAUGUCAACUAUCACAUCCUGGUGACAAAACUCCAGAAGGGCGAUCCACUCCCGCAGGAUCUCAACCCGGAAGAAGUAUAUUCUUUCCCUACUGACGACACCAACUUUUCGGAAAUUGGACAGAAGAAGAUCGUCGUGAACCAGCAGCAUCUUAAGAAUGCAUGGGACGCUUCGCAGAAGUCUACUCGUGAGGACUGGCAGGAGUGGAUACGCCGCUUUAGCAUCGAGCUUUUGAAGGAGUCCCCAUCUCCGGCACUGCGUGCGUGUGCCAGUUUGGCUGGAAUUUAUCAGCCGCUUUCGAGGGACCUAUUCAAUGCUGCGUUCGUCUCAUGCUGGACUGAGCUAUAUGACCAAUACCAAGAAGAGCUCGUCCGUUCAAUUGAGAAGGCUCUUACUUCUACCAAUAUCUCACCUGAGAUUCUGCAAAUCCUUCUCAAUUUGGCCGAAUUCAUGGAGCACGAUGAUAAAGCUCUUCCGAUCGACAUCCGCACCCUUGGCAAGUAUGCUGCGAAAUGUCAUGCUUUUGCUAAAGCUCUCCACUACAAAGAGCUCGAAUUUGAGCAAGAUCAGAACUCAGGUGCUGUUGAAGCCUUGAUUACGAUCAACAAUCAGCUUCAGCAGUCAGACGCCGCCAUUGGUAUCCUUCGCAAAGCGCAAGCGUAUCGUGAUGUGGAACUCAAGGAAACGUGGUUUGAGAAGCUCCAACGGUGGGACGAAGCCCUUGCUGCUUACAAACGACGUGAGAAGACGGAUCCCGACUCAUUUGGUAUCACGAUGGGUAAGAUGCGCUGUUUACACGCUCUGGGUGAGUGGAAGGUCCUUUCGGACCUCGCUCAGGAGAAGUGGAAUCAAGCAUCACUGGAGCAUCGCCGAGCUAUCGCGCCUCUUGCCGCUGCUGCUGCUUGGGGCCGGGGCCAGUGGGAGUUGAUGGACUCAUAUCUUGGUGUCAUGAAAGAACAGUCUCCCGACCGUUCGUUCUUCGGUGCCAUUCUGGCAAUCCAUCGCAACCAAUUCGAAGAGGCAAACAUGUACAUUGAGAAGGCUCGCAAUGGUCUCGAUACAGAACUGUCUGCUCUUCUCGGAGAGUCAUAUAACCGUGCCUAUAACGUUGUUGUUCGAGUCCAGAUGCUCGCUGAACUGGAAGAGAUCAUCACUUACAAACGCAACGUUGGCGACCCUGAGAAGCAAGACGCUAUGCGCAAAACCUGGAAUCAAAGAUUGCUUGGAUGUCAGCAAAACGUGGAGGUAUGGCAGCGCAUGCUCAAGGUCAGAGCUCUUGUCACUGCUCCACGUGAAAAUCUUGACAUGUCAAUCAAAUUUGCCAAUCUUUGUCGCAAAUCCAAUCGAAUGGGUCUCGCGGAACGAUCUCUUGCAUCCUUGGAGACGGUGGUAUCCGAUGCCAAUGGCAUGCACACCGUCAUACCUCCCGAAGUCACCUACGCCAGGCUGAAGUUCAGCUGGGCAAACGGUCACCAACUAGAAUCCCUCGAAAUGAUGAAGGAGUUCACGUCUAGUCUGACGGAUGAUUUCUCCAGAUACAACACACUCAUGGUGUCACAUCCUGAUCACCAUAAUGCGAACGGAGCCAACGGAGCCAUCGAUCAAAACCACCCGGAUGUUAUCCGUAUACAUGAGCGGAUUGGUGAUGCAAACAAAUUCAGAAGACUACUCUCUAAAAGCUAUCUCAGGCAAGGAGAAUGGCAAACGGCUCUUCAAAGAGGUGAUUGGAGACCAGAACACAUCCAAGAGGUCCUCAACGCAUACUCAGCGGCGACCCAGUACAACCGCGAUUCAUACAAGGCGUGGCACUCCUGGGCACUUGCCAACUUCGAAGUCGUGACAACGAUUUCCAAUCAGGCUAAUCGUGAGGGCACGCCAGCACCGGUUCCGGCCCACAUCGUUACAGAGCAUGUGAUUCCUGCCAUUCGCGGAUUCAUUCGCUCUAUCGCUUUGUCUUUGACAUCUUCGCUGCAAGACACCCUUAGAUUGCUUACUCUGUGGUUCACUCACGGUGGGGAUCAUGAAGUGAAUACUGUCGUCACUGAAGGGUUUACAUCUGUCAACAUUGACACCUGGCUUGCUGUUACCCCCCAACUGAUCGCUCGUAUCAACCAGCCCAAUAUCAGAGUACGGGGUGCUGUCCAUAGGUUGCUUGCCGAGGUCGGCAAAGCACACCCUCAAGCCCUGGUUUACCCACUGACGGUGGCAAUGAAGUCAAAUGUGACUCGACGUUCUCAAUCUGCCAGCAACAUUAUGGAAAGCAUGCGACAACACAGUGCCAAACUUGUUGAGCAAGCGGAUCUUGUCAGUCACGAGCUCAUUCGAGUUGCGGUACUGUGGCAUGAACUCUGGCAUGAGGGCUUGGAAGAGGCCUCUCGUCUCUAUUUCGGCGAUCACAACGUGGAAGGCAUGUUCGCAACGCUUGCGCCAUUCCAUGAGAUGCUGGACAAGGGGGCUGAGACCCUUCGCGAGGUCUCAUUUGCCCAAGCUUUCGGGCGUGAUUUGGCCGAAGCGAGGCACUACUGCAUGAUGUAUCGGGAAUCGCAGGAGAUAGGCGACCUGAACCAAGCUUGGGACUUGUAUUACACAGUGUUCCGCAAGAUCAGCCGGCAGCUGCCACAACUAUCGACUCUCGAUCUCAAAUAUGUGUCUCCGCGACUCAAGGAUUGCUCCGACCUAGGCCUUGCGGUUCCAGGAACGUACCAGAGUGGAAAGCCAGUCAUUCGAAUCAUGAGCUUUGACCCGAUCUUGCAUGUCUUGCAGACCAAGAAACGCCCGCGUCGCAUGACGCUCAAGGGCAGCAACGGAAGUUCGUACAUGUACCUUGUCAAGGGCCACGAAGACAUUCGACAAGAUGAGCGAGUUAUGCAACUCUUCGGCCUGUGCAAUACAUUGCUGGAUAAUGACAGCGAGAGUUUCAAGCGACACUUGUCAGUUCAACGCUUCCCAGCUAUUCCAUUGUCACAGAGCUCCGGUCUGCUGGGAUGGGUGUCCAACAGUGACACAUUGCACGCCUUGAUCAAGGAAUAUCGUGAGAGUCGUCGCAUUCUACUCAACAUCGAGCAUCGGAUUAUGCUGCAAAUGGCACCCGACUACGACAGCCUUACUCUCAUGCAGAAGGUUGAAGUGUUCGGCUAUGCUAUGGACAACACAACCGGCAAGGAUCUGUACCGGGUGCUUUGGCUCAAGAGUAAGAGCUCUGAGGCAUGGCUUGAACGCCGUACCAACUACACUCGAUCACUCGGUGUCAUGUCUAUGGUAGGCUACAUCCUUGGUCUUGGAGAUCGACACCCGUCGAACUUGUUGUUGGACCGUGGCAAUGGCCGUGUGGUACAUAUCGACUUUGGUGACUGUUUCGAAAUCGCAAUGCACCGAGAGAAAUAUCCAGAGCGAGUUCCCUUCCGACUCACCCGCAUGCUGACUUUCGCUAUGGAAGUCAGCAAUAUUGAGGGUAGCUACCGCAUUACUUGCGAGGCUGUCAUGCGUGUUCUGCGAGAGCAUAAGGAUUCCUUGAUGGCAGUGUUGGAGGCUUUCAUUCACGAUCCUCUGAUCAACUGGCGUCUGGGCACGCAAGAGUCUCCCGACCGAGUGUCUAUUCCUACGGAUCGUCGCCAGUCAAUUAUGGACAGCGCCAACUUCGAACCUGGUGCUCAGCCGGAUUUCGCCCGCCGCCGUCGACCUUCCAUGCUCGAAGGUGGUAUUCUCGAUGCUCCAGAAGGCGUUCCGCAAGAGGCCCGCGAGGCACAGAACGCCCGUGCUCUCCAGGUCCUCGCCCGUGUCAAGGAGAAGCUCACCGGACGAGACUUCAGAGGCAAUGAAGAGCUGAGUGUCAGUGACCAGGUGGACAAGCUUAUUGCGCAAGCAACCAACGUCGAGAACAUCUGUCAACACUGGAUUGGAUGGUGUAGUUUCUGGUAA